GGUGUGGGGUGAGAGCCUGGGGUGAGUUGGAGGGGUUGCAGGUCUGGGAAGCUAGGGCCUUCUCUCUAAAACCUACCCGCUGACCCACAGAUCGCCAAGCCUCUCAUGGAAAAGAAGCGCCGGGCACGCAUCAACAUGUCAUUGGAGCAGCUGAAGUCUCUCCUGGAGAGACACUACUCCCAUCAGAUACGGAAACGAAAGCUGGAGAAAGCUGACAUCUUGGAGCUGAGUGUCAAGUACAUGAAAAGCCUCCAGAAUUCAUUGCAAGGACUCUGGCCAGUACCCACUGGGGUGGACUACCCGCCUGGCUUCGGAGGUGGCUUGCCCGGCGUGAGCCAGAGGCUUCGGCAUGGGGCUGACGGUAGCGGCCUGCGCUGCCCCCUGGUGCUGGAGCGGAGGGCGGGCAGCACCACGGACAGCGCCAGCCCGCAGGCCGCCUCUGUUCUCAGCCCCUGCCUCCCGGCGGUCUGGGCCUCUGCUCCCGCCGCUAGUGGCUCCCAGGCCCCGCUGUCCCCGCUCCCGCUCCCUGGAGGUCUCCCUGAGUCCUCUACCGGCGUUUCGGCACCACAACCAGCGCCAAGCUGCCGGGCCGAGAGCCCGAGACCCGGGUUUCGCGUGUGGCGGCCCUGGUGAGGCCUAGGCAAGCAUUUAGACGCAAUCCCUCACCCCUGCCCCCAUCACCCCGCCGUCUAGUCUGGGGACACAGGAACUAUGUUUGGUGCGCCCAUAGUGACUGCAGGGGCCUGGAGGGGCUGUAGGAAAAUCCACUUGCGGAGCCGCUCGCG